UUUUACUCCCCCGCACUGGCCGAUAGCAUGGGAUAGUUCAAAUGUAUAUAAAAAAGCUCCCGCUCUGAGCCGUGAUUGGCCGCGCCAGUGGCAGCCCCUGGCGCUGAUUGGUCCGGGGCAGAAGAGGAGUUAAAGAGCUGAGGAAUUCGGCAGAGUGAGUCUGUAGGGGGUCUGAAUGAACGCGGGGACUAAGAAGAGAGAUUUCAAGGGUCAUCGAAGGGCUUGCAGUUGACUAUUAUGAGCGGUGCAAAAGAAGCUACGAUGCAGAUUACUUCAGAGACUGCUCAGCUUGCUGUCCAGAACCCCUUUGAAAGUCCAAGUGAUUACAGUCAUCUACAGGAACAGAUUGUCUCAAGUCCAACAAUUUUUAAAUCCAGAAAAUCCUCAAUGACUCCAGGAAAAUUUAGAUGGUCUAUAGAUGAACUUGCUUCAAUAAAUCCUGUGGAAAUAGACUCCGAAGACAUACGCCGCCAAGCAUUGUAUUUAAGCCAAGCCAGAGUCGAUAAAGAGAUGGAAGAAAAAAGACAAAAAGCCAUUGAAGAGUUCUUCACCAAAAGUGUCAUUGUGCCAUCUCCUUGGACUGAUCACAGUGGGAAGCAGGCUUCUCAGUUUCAUUCAACACGAUGUAUUGAUAUAAAUAGUGCUUCACCGAUUGGCAGAGAAAUAGUUGUGGAUCCUGGGAAAAAUAAUGCUGCUUGCCAGACUUUAUUAUCUCUGCCUGUAGAUUUUGACGUGGAAAAAAUACUAGGUGAAUAUUUUAAAGUGGAUGAAUUGGCUGACCAGUCUCAGGAAAGCCUGAGCACUUCCUCCCUGAGAAGGAAGCUUUUCUUAGAUGAGAAUGGAAGCCUCUCCUCUGAGAACUUAUCUGCUUCUCCUCAAAGUCCGUGCAAUGCUCCUUCCUCCCUGGGGGUACUGUGUUCAAUAGACAUCUCGCCAGUUCGUUGCAGAAGCCCCCUAAACACACCAAGCUCGGGCCAAUUGUCCUCCAGCCCUAUUCAAGGAGGGACACGAACCUACAGUCUGGGCAGCUUAUCAAGUCCUUCUUUUCCAGAGAGAAAUCCUGCAAAUAUUGCCUCUCCUACUUUCUCUCCAAUAGGCUUUCAAAUAAGGAAGUCGCCACUGUCGGAACAAAGACCAUUUAUUUUUCGGUCUCCAGAGAUCCCUUCUGUUUCAAAUGCCUGCCGACCAGUUCCAGCUGGUGCCAGGAGUUCUUACACUGAUUGUUCUCCUUUAAAAACUGGUUCGCCCAUGAAAAUUGUGGCCUGCCGAGGAGCCACCCUGUAUCAGACCUCUUUCAUUCGCUUACCUUCUACACCUGAAAGUUCCAAAGAAGAACAGGAAGAGGAAGCGACUGCUUUGUCUGCAGACGUUCCCUCGCAGAAAGUCAAUCUGCACCAACUGAAUGGGGAGGCUUUUGCACAUGGCACCCAUUUGGUGGUUGCCCGUGUGUCCAUUUCACCAGAUCUCUCUGAAGGCAACCAGCAAGGGCGGAUGUUGAUCCAUGAGCUUGGUAGUUUCAAGGAAAACCAUACGGUGGAUAUGGUUGAUUCCGAAGCGAUGUUGGAUGAGAACUCAGUAAAGGGUUCUGCUGGAGAUAGUGGCAUGGCAGUGGCUGGCUUUAACCUUGAAGGUUCUUGCAUCUGCAUGUCUCCUCUAGCCGAAAGCAGUGCAAGUCCCUGUGAAAGCAGCAGCCUUCAGGUUGAUAGUGGUUACAACACCCAAACUUGUAUCAGUAGCCUUAUGGACACUGCUGGAGCUGAGACCAGUUGCAAAGAAAAUGAUUCACACCAUCAUGAGCCUCAGAGCAAAUUCCAUGUUUUUAAAGCAAAGCCUGGAAAAAGCAUUCCUAGACAAUGGACUGAAAAUGACCCCAGCAGCCAUCUUCUCGAGAUGCCUUUGACCAAAUGAUACAACUGUGCCAUGCUUAUGCUAUUGUAUGAAUGUAUGGAUAUAUUUCUCAGCGUUCUUGAGAAACAUAUGAAGGCUGACACAACUGUUUUCCAUUAUCAGAAGAAUCACUGUUAAGUAAAUAGCCUGUGGAAACAACUCACCUGAGAAGUUUACUAAAAGACUAAAUAGUAGUAUGCAAUAGCAGUUCUGCCAGUAAUUAGGGAGCAUGCAGAGCUGCCAAAAGACAUGAUCCCUGAUAGCUCUCACAUAGAAAUGCUGCUGCCAUACAGCUUGCACAAACAACUACCCUUCUAGUGCAUUUUUGGGCAUGACAAGUUUACAAAACUGUGCAAUGACACAUAAACAGAACUCAGCGCAGCAAUCUGCUCAAUGUAUUUUCCAUGAAAAUAAGUUCUACUUGUAGACAAACAACAAAUGCGUAUUUCCAAUAUCUGGAUAGAAGAUUAUGCAAAGGAUACAGUGCACUGUGAUUUUAAUGUAAUUUUGCUUUUUUAUAAAAAACAAUUUUAUUACAUAUACAGAAAUAUGAACUUUCUUAGGACCUCCUGUUUACAACUUACACAACUGUGAACAGUAUCAUACACCACUGAGCACAUAUUGUAAAAUAAUCCUUUACAUAUUUUGAUCACAAAUUAUAUUUUUUAAAAAUAUUGGAAUGACUGUAGAUCAAUAAAAUAAAGACUUCUCACAUCUA